CCGCGCCUUUUCUUUUUCAUUUUCUUCUAACGAAACUCAAUUAAGUCAUUAACUUCCAUUUUGGGUAUCGCAACUCUUAUUCCCGGCCAGCUCCGAACAUCAUGGCUCCACUCGUCUCUAGCACCAACAGCUCAGGUCUCAUCGACACUCAUAUCCAUAUCACCACCCCAAGCUACUUAAAGGUUAUAAGGGAUAUAGGAGGUGAUCCAAGUGGCUGGUCAACUCCUGUUUGGAAAUUAGAAGAUUGUGUACGCUUCUGCGACACCAUUGGGGAAAGCUUCUCUGUCCUUUCCGUUUCUGCACCAGGUCCCGCCAUUCUUGGUCCUACUGAAGCAGGUAGAAAGUUGGCGCGGACACUCAAUAAUGAAGUGUGGGAAGUCUGCUCCAGGGCAAAAGGUCGGUUUGGCUUUUUUGCUUGUUUACCGGACUUCAACGACGUUGAAGGAACCCUCGAGGAAAUCAAGCACAUAUUCGAGACGGAGAAAAAGGCAAACGGGGUUGUUGUUAUGACCUCGUACGGCGAGCGGCUGUUGGGAGAUGAGCACUUCAAACCCAUCUGGGAGUCACUGGAGAAUUACAAGGCACUCGUUUUUGUCCAUCCCACUGCCCUGAACAUUACGCCAGAAAAGGUGGAAGGGUGGCUUCCCGCACCAGUUAUUGACUACCCUCAUGCUACAACAAGAGCCGUCGUAUCACUUCUUAUUUCCGGAAUAGCGACCGCUUGUCCUAAUGUUGACAUAAUAUUGAGUCAUGCUGGCGGAACGGUCCCUUUUCUUGCGCAGCGGGCUCUUGGGUUCCUUGCCGAGCCGGCCUUCCAAAGCCAAUCCCACACCAACGUCACUCAGGCGAAACAUGCUCUCGGGCGCUUCUACUACGACGUUGCCCUUUCCACAAGCACUCCGCAACUCAAGGCACUACUGGCCUUUGCCUCUCCAUCGAACGUUCUCUACGGUAGCGACUACCCAUACGCGUCUAAGCAUAUUAUUUACGAAGACCUACUACGGUAUAGCAAUUUUGUGGCCAACGAAGAGGGUAAGGAUAUUAGACCGGCUCGCUUGAGCGAAAACGCAAUAGCCCUUCUCCAGAAGCAUAAAGCUGAGAACACUAUUCUACCCGUGUCUCGGGAGGUUGGGGGCUCAAAGGAGCCGGAAUUUGGAUUGGAGAGUAACCAGGUCGCUGAACAGGCAAGACAUCAGCUAGCCAAGUUUGACAGCUAAAUAUUCGGGCUUUAUCGUUGAAGAUAAUAAUUCCAUCCUAUAUUCUUCAAGAAAUUUCCCGGUCUUAAUAAAAGUAUGUUAAUGAGAAGUCCCUUGAUGGACUCGUUAUAAAAUAUUAAAGGGGAGUUUUUCGCCAUGGGUAAGUCUUAUAAAAGUUGAC